AUGAAUGUAGAUUUUGGUCCUCUACUUGCUCGUAUUGAUAAACAUCUUGCAGGUUGGAAGAUGGGUGUUCCUUCCUUUGCUGGUCGUCUGACAUUAGCAAAGUUUGUGCUUAUAGCUUUGUGGAAUCAUAUUAUUCCCCCAUUGGAUGCAAAUGGGUCUUCAAAAUUAGCUGAUGGAAAUGUAGAAAGGUAUAAAUCCCGUUUGGUUGUCAAGGGCUACACUCCAACUGAAGGUAAUCUUUCUGAAGAAGUGUAUAUGGUUUUACCUACUGGCUUUACUUCACCUAAGCCUAAUCAAGCUAUCGUCAUCCUCAAUAAAUGGUUCUCCAAACUUUCUACAGCCUUGCAAUCUUUAGGCUAUCGUCAUCCUCAAUAUGAUUACUCCUUAUUCACUAAAUCUUCUUCCAGCUCAUCCACUGGGCUUUUGGGUUAUGUCGAUGACAUCAUCCUUGCUGGUACUGAUAUACAUGAAAUUGAACAGGCCAAGCAUUACUUGAAUACUACUUUCAAAAUCAAAGACUUGGGUGAAUUAAAUUUUUUUCUUAGUUUGGAAGUUGCAAGAUCUUCAAUUGGAAUUGCUCUUAAUCAACGCAAAUAUUGUCUUGACGUUCUUCAAGAUAUUGGUCUUCUUCAUUCUAAGCUAACUGCAACUCCAAUGGACUCCAAGAUAAAACUCAGCUCCUCUAAUGGUUCUCCUCUCCCUAACAUUUCUCUUUAUCACAGGCUUAUUGGAAGAUUGUUGUAUUCGAAAUCAACUCGACCAGAUAUCACCUUUUUUGUUCAGCAGCUAAGUCAAUUCCUUAAAUGCCCUACCAUCGUUCAUCUGCAAGUUGCACAUCACAUCUUGCGAUAUCUUAAAAAUUCUCCUAGUGCUGGUCUUUUCUUCCCAUCAUCUUCUUCAUUGCAAUUGAAAGCCUUCAGCGAUUCUGUUUGGGCAGGCUGCCGAAAUACACUAAAGUCAAUUGUUGGUUAUCUGAUUUAUCUUGGUUCAUCUCUCAUUUCAUGA